AUGGCGAUAGUGCUCAAUGUCGCCAGGCGCAAGGCUCUGUACCAACUCGCAAGCGAAAUCACGGGGUACAUGCGCUCGGAGCUGGAGCUUGACGAUAACGAGAAGUACGAUCGGCCAUCUCCAGCUUCACCAGGAAGCGGUCCGGGCAGUCCAUCACCGGGCUCUGCGGCCGACUUAUUCGCCGUGCCGCCCAGCGAUAACGGCUCCGAGACUGACGUCAACACUUCCCAGAAACAGACUCCACCAAGUCGCCAACUGAUAGCUCUUCGGAAGGCAGCUUUGGCGCAUUUCGACCAGUGGAGAAAAGACUUCCUCACGAAAUUGAAAGAAAUCGUUGCGAGCCCAGAUGAUAACAAGCUUCUCGAAGAACGGCGCAAGCGCCAAGAAAAGCUGGCACAGAAGAAGCUUGAAACUCCAACCGAAGGGGAGAACCUUAUUGAUUUUGGCGUCGUCGAUGCGGUCAUCGAUCAGAGUCAGGACCAGCAGCAUUCUGUUGCCAGCGUCCAAGCGCUCUAUCACCCCAUACCGACACGACUGACAACCAUUGCCGAGGACGAUCGGAAGGAGGUGCUCAGCGCAGUUCUGAUUCUGCUCCUCUCCUCUGGAAAUUAUUCAGCUUACUCGAGGACGUUUGUUGCCUACCUGACCUCAGCCUUCGAGCUCCCUCUUUCCGUGCUCAUCAAUGAGGAAACUGAAGUGGCAAAGACCAUGAUAGAGGCAUCCGCAGAGGCUGAGAAGGCCAAGUCCAAAGAAGGGAUGUCAGCUGAAGCUGAAGCUGAGAAAAGGAAACAAGAGAACCAGAGCAGCAGAUAUUGGAAGGUUGGUCUUGCAUCUGUGGCUGGUGCUGCUGUCAUCGGCAUCACAGGCGGCUUGGCUGCACCUGUCGUAGCUGGUGCGAUCGGUGGCCUCAUGGGUACGGUGGGCUUGGGUGGCCUGGCUAGCUUCUUGGGGAUCUUCUGGAUGAACGGUGCUCUAGUAGGUGCUUUGUUUGGUGCGUAUGGUGCACGCAUGACGGGAGAAAUGGUGGACAAGUAUGCGCGAGAGGUCGAGGACUUCAAGUUUCUACCUCUUAAGGACGAGUGGGGCUCGGAGUAUGCCAAAGACGAUAAUCAAAUGCGCCGCCUUCGCGUAACAAUCGGUAUCAAUGGAUGGCUCAAGGACAAGGAGGAGGUGACGAAGCCUUGGCGUGUUCUCGGUGACGAGUCUGAGGUGUUUGCUCUACGCUAUGAAAUGAACAGCCUCAUGAAGCUGGGAACUGCCCUCAAAGACCUGGUCUCGUCUUAUGCUUGGGGCUAUGUGAAGUCCGAGAUCAUCAAGAGAACUGUGUUGGCAACACUAUGGUCGGCUCUUUGGCCCCUCUCGAUUUUAAAGAUGGCUUCAAACCUCGACAAUCCUUUCAGUCUAGCCCGAAAUAGGUCAGAAAAAGCAGGAAUGAUUUUGGCAGAUGCCUUAAUCAACAAGAUCCAAGGAGAACGACCUGUGACACUUGUGGGAUACUCACUUGGUGCUCGAGUAAUCUAUUCAUGCCUGAAGUCACUCGCCGAGCGGAAGGCCUUUGGACUCGUGGAUACAGUUGUUCUUAUUGGUGCUCCAGUUCCCUCAAACAGGAACCACUGGCAGAUGAUGCGCAGUGUGGUCGGUGGCAAGAUGUUCAACAUAUAUUCGGAGAACGAUUUCAUUCUCGCCUUCAUGUAUCGUGCAACGAGUAUCCAACUUGGCAUUGCCGGUCUCCAAGAGAUCCAAGAUAUCGAAGGUGUUAACAAUCUGAACCUGAGCGAAAAGGUUCAGGGUCACCUACGAUACCCUGACUUAAUCGCUCCUAUUCUCACGCAAUGUGGCUUCCCUAACAUCAAAGGAGGUGAGAAGCCGAUCGAGAAAGAGGAAGAAACUUCUAUUCAACUUCAAGACUCAGACCGUGGUAGCGGCCAGAUGGGCACGCUCAUCGACUUUGGGGACAAGGCUAAGGAGGCUCCAGAACCUGUGGCUGUGAAACCUCUCGGUAGAAGCCAUAGAGAGAUUGCCUUCCCGAGCGGUAUCGAGAGGACGAAGUCGGGCUCUCGUCCAGUCCUCACAAAAGCGAAGACGGAGCCUCUUGCUGCUGCGGAUUAUGAGCCUUUGGGUCCAUCCGGGAAAGCGCCGGCGGUGGAACAGAAGGUGUUGGUCGGCCCGAAGAAUCCAUCUCUUCCUCCACGACCAACAGGGGAAACUGCCAGGACUAUCUCCGAGCCUCCCCCUCCAUAUACGCCUGGUCCAUACGGUGGAUUAGGUUCGUCUUUUGACGAGAAACCCAACGAGCACGUAGACACAGACAAAGACGACGAUGAACAUGGUGGAGGAAUAAGUAUGGUUGACAACGACAGCGAUGAUGGCGAUAUGGUCACAUAUAUGGAGCCAUUGAGGCUGGAGGACCGAGAGUAG